CCGGUCCGGUCGCUCCAAAUGUGCUUUAUAACAAGCAUCAAGGUCGAAUAAAUUUUGUAUGACAGGGGACGUGUAUAUCACACUUCUCCCUGGCAGAGUAAAUCUGUUGAGCACUUGACGGCAUUUAGAUCUACAAUUCUAUCUGCUUUAAAGGCUGGACAGGACAGGGGUAAAAAAAAAAAAAAAAAAAAAAAAAGAACUCGUUCAGCUCGUCUGGAAGUGUGGUUUGGCUGGACGUGGCUACGCUACUCCGCUGUCGAUACUCUGUGAUGUGCUGGAGCCCCGCCCACAUGCGCCGAGGGUCUGAGGUGGAAUAGUAGCCCUCCAGCUUCUGUCUGUACUGUCUUUUGGCCUCUCGUAUGGACCUCCUCAGGUCAUAUCUGGCCUUUUUGUAGUCCUCAGCGGUGCCCAUGACAAAUGCAGUCGAACGAGCACGUAGCUUAGCCCUUACAUCACAGUUCAUCCACUGUUUUUGGUUAGGGUAUUUUCUGUAAUACUUGAUGGUGGUAAUCUCUAUACAUGUGCUAAUGUAGCCAGUAACAGCAGAAGCAUAUUCAUCCAAAUCAACAGUACAAUCUUCCCUCCCCGCUGCAGUUUUAAACACGUCCCAGUUUGUUUCCGAUUACUGUAUAGGUUGGCUCUACGAGACAGGAACAUUCAGACUGCAGGAGCAUGAGAUACAUAUUGGAUUCAUAUCUACGUAUAACAGAGGCCUGAGGGUGGGAAUUGAACCGUAGCCAUGUGAAGCAAGUGCAGAUGCAACAGCGCCCCUCACAGGCCUGUAUGCUAGAUGCAAGACAUACUGUAUCAUCCUUUUCUUCUUCUCCAUCAUUUUGGAACUGUGUCAGUAUGGAUUCAUCCCACCAGGCUUUACCAGUUGCUCCCAAUUCCAACCUCGACGCUCUCCUGCUCAGAUCGGGACAUUUGAAGAGAGCCACAACAAGUCAUCGAAGCCCUAAGCAGGUCAUUUUAGUUCAUGAGGAUGAUUGUGUUGCUAUGGAAACACACCUGAUGUAACACAACAGCCAUCCCUCCUGUCGUCACCCUCCUAAUCCUCGACUGGCACAUCUGCUUCAUUCUGGUUCUCUGACAUCACCUACGAAGAAAAGAGGAUGAACACUCGGCUCUGUUUUUGUUUUUGUCCAUCAGCUGCUGUCUUUUCUCCUCACAGUUUCCACUGACGCCCACCAAAGACACUCCCACUAACUUUACUGACCUCUCAUGUGGCAGCGAGCUGGAAAAGGUGCUGAGGAGCAAGUAGAGGCUUAGACCUUCCUUCUAGGACCCCCUGUGAAGCACACACAACCCUGAAGGAAGACACAGCGGCCCCCAAACAGUCUGACCUAUUUCCCAACCGAGGGGUAACGUCAAUGGCUAACAUCUCCACCCGGAGACCUUCUCAGCAAGCCUCUAAACCCCAGAAGCCAACAUCCCACCCAGAACUGCAGGAAUACAGGCAAAAAGUGGGACUACAGAACUUGAGCCCCUAGUGGAUGGCCAGGGAGGUGCGCUCGCUGUCAGAACACGCCGCAGGAAUCUUUCUCUGAGCCUCUGAAACCGUCCCAAGAUGGCCACCAUUGUGACGGAGUAUGAGGAGUACGAGGAGGUAGUGGAAGAGGAAUACGAAGACGAAAUGGAGGAGGAGGAGGAGGAGGAGGAAGAGGAGAUCGUGGACGAGCAGAUGACGACGACGACCGCCACUCAUCAUCACUCUCACAGCCACCAGUCUGGCUUGCCCACCAGGAAAGUGGUGAAAAAGGUCAAGGUGGACACUUCCAAGUUCAUGACUCCGUACCUGGCUCAUAGCCAGAAGAUGAUGGAGCAGUUCAGCCACAACAAGUAUCGUCAGGCGUAUGACAAGUCCAGAGGGAAUCCUCCUGCCAUCAGCACGGAGACGCCCGAAAUGAUUCGCAUCCGCAAGGCCCAAGAGCAGCUCAGCGAGAUUAAAUACCGCAUGGAGGGCAAUAAGUCAAAGACAUCCAGCAUGUACGACGGGGAGGCGCGGGAAAUCGCCCACGUCAAGCAAGUGUCUGAACUCAUCAGCAAGGUCCUGUACAGGCAAAAGUGGGACGAGACCAAGGACAAGUACCUGCUUCCCCCGGAUGCUCCUGAGCUGGUCUUAGCGGUGAAGAAUGCCGCUAACUGCAGCAAAAAACUCUACACGGAGGACUGGGACGAGGAGAAGACCAUGUUCUGUCCGUACAGCGACAGCCCUGAGUUACGUCGAGUGGUGAAGGCUCAGGAGGUGCUCAGUGAUGUUCAAUACAAGAAAGGUCACGAUGAGCGCAAGGCCAAGUACACCUCUCUGCCCGACCCUCCUGAGGUGGAGCUGGCCAAGAGAGUCAACGAUCAGCGCAGCGACCUCAAGUACAAGGAGGAGUACAAUAAGAAUGUGAAGGGUCAGUGGUGCGAGACGCCCUACUUCGACGUGGCCAUAGCCAGGGUGGCGAUGGAGAACCUGAGCAAUAGAAAAUACACGCAAGACUACGAGGACAGCAAAGACCACAUUUAUUUCAUGCAAACAGACACGCCCGUUUACGACACCCACAGGAAGACUCAGUCCACUGCCAGUGAGGUGAAGUAUAAGAAGGAGUACGAGAAGACAAAAGCCCAGUCGGACUAUAACACGCUCCCGGCCACGGAGAAUCCUCUGCUCAGGCAGCUCCGAUAUGCCGGCACCAUCCUCAGUGACAAAGUCUACAAGGACAACUACGAGAAGUCCCGAGGAUUCAGCAUCAACUACUGUGACACGCCCAAGUUCCAGAUGGACUCCGUGCUCAAACAGUUCACUGACGCGCGCUACAAAGAGAAGUACGACAACGAGGUGAAGGGUCACUACAUCGGCAGCUAUGAGGAUGUCUACAUGCUUCACUGCCAACAAGUGGAGGAAAUGAAGAAAGAGCAACUGUACAAAGCCGACUACGAAGACCUGAAAACCAGAUGCUUUUUCCCUCAAACCAUCACGCCCGAGUACGAAGCCACCAAGAAGCUGCAGCAGUGCAACGACAAAGUUUACCGGCAACAUCCAGACAAAGUGAAAUUCACUCAAGUGACGGACUCGCCAGUGCUGGUUCAAGCGGCCGUCAACGCCAAACAGCUGAGUGAUCUCAACUACAAGGCACAAUACGAGGAAACCAAAUUCAAGAACAGUCUGCCUCCAGACUAUCCCUUCUUUGUCCAGUCCAGAGUGAACGCCUUCAACCUCAGUGACAGCUGCUACAGGUAUGACUGGGAGCGAGCUAAAGCCAAGAAGUUUGAGGUCAAAGGUGACGCCAUCUCGAUCCUCGCCGCCCGUGCUCACACCAACAUCGCUAGUGACGUGAAAUACAAGAAAGAGUAUGAGAAGAACAAGGGUCAGAUGGUCGGAGCGCUCAGCAUCAACGACGAUCCCAAAAUCUUGCACUCAGUUCAUGUGGCCAAAAUCCAGAGUGAUCGUGAAUACAAAAAGGAAUAUGAGAAGAUCAAGACCAAGUACCACACGCCACUGGAUAUGAUGUCAGUCACGCAGGCUAAGAAGUCGCAGGCCAUUGCCAGCAUGGCCGGCUACAGGAGCAUCAACACCAACUUCUUCCUUCCGCACGACACUGUGCUGCUGGAUCUGGCCAAGAAAGCCAACAUCAUCCAGAGUGACAACGAGUACAAGUCGGACUACAACACCUACACCAAGGGAAGCCCGUGGGUCACUUUUGGCUCCUUAGAUGUUGAAAAGGCCAAAACCGCCGGAGAAAUCCUGAAUGAGAAAAAAUACAGAACACAUCCUGACACCAUCCCCUUCACAUCGAUCGAUGACCACCCCGUUAUGAUGCAGGCCAAAGUCAGCCAGCUCCAGAGGAGUGAUCUGUUCUACAAGCAAGGUCUGGAGGAGAUCCAUCAGAAGUACUCUCUACCCGCUGACAUCCCAGAGUUCCUGCAGGCCAAGUGCAAUGCCUACAACAUCAGCAAUAACUACUACAAGUACGCCUGGCAGGACAUUAUUGCCAAAGGUUACGACCUGCAGCCUGACGCUAUCCCCAUUGUCGCUGCCAAAGCUGCCAGACACGCUGCCAGCGAUGUCCAAUACAAGAAGGCGUACGAGAAGGCGAAAGGGCACCACGUGGGCUUCCGCAGCCUGCAGGACGACCCUCUGCUGGUGCACUACAUGGAGGUGGCCAAGCUGCAGAGCGACAAGAACUACAAGGCGGACUACCACAAGGUCAAGCUGAAGUAUCACUCUCCGGUGGACAUGAUGAGUGUGGCCCACGCCAAGCACGCAUCCAAGGUGCAGACCUUUACCGGCUACAAGCAGCACCACCACAAUUACUGCCUCCUACCGGACGCCAUGAACCUGGAUCUGGCUCGCACUAUGAACUACAACGCCAGCGACUACCAAUAUAAACAAGAUUAUGAGAGCUCAGUCAAAGGAAUCGGCUGGGUUCCGAUCGGCUCCCUGGAGGUGGAGAAGGCGAAGACUGCAGCAGCGGCCCUGGACGAGAAGAAGUACAGACAACACCCUGGCACCCUCAAAUUCACCAGCGUCACCGACUCCAUGAACAUGGAGCUCGCCAAGGCCAACACCAAGAUUCUUAAUGUGAAGGACUACAAGGCCAGUGGCGAGAAGGUCAUGCACACCUAUCACCUUCCUGCUGAUGCUCCUGAACUGAUGCAAGCCAGAUACAACGCAGCAAACAUCAGCCAGAAUUACUACACAUACGCUCACCGCCGAGAUCUGCUCAAAGGGCAUCACAUGAAGGAGGAUGCUAUUCCCAUCGUGGCCGCAAAGACAUCCAGAGACAUUGCCAGCAAUUACAAGUACAAACUGGCACACGAGAAGGCAAAGGGGCACCACGUGGGCUUCCGCAGCCUGCAGGACGACCCUCUGCUGGUGCACUACAUGGAGGUGGCCAAGCUGCAGAGCGACAAGAACUACAAGGCGGACUACCACAAAGUCAAGCUGAAGUAUCACUCGCCGGUGGACAUGAUGAGCGUGGUCCACGCCAAGCACGCCUCAGCUGCUCAGACGAUGACCGGCUACAGGAAGAUCCCUCACAACUACAUGCUUCUUCCUGACAACUUGCAGCUGCAGCUCUGUAGGGGCAUGAUGGAGAUUCAGAGUGACAACGUGUACAAAUCUGAUUACACCAACAUCUACAGAGGAGCAGGGUGGGUUCCUAUUGGUUCUCUGGAUGUUGAGAAAGCCAAAGCUGCCAAAGCCGCCCUGGAUGAAAGGGGCUACCGUCAGCAUCCCAGCACUCUGAAGUUCACCAGCACCACAGACGGCAUGAACAUGACUCUGGCUCUGGCCAACUCCAAGCAGCUAGACAAUGCUGCAUAUAAAGCUUCUGGUGAGAAGUUCAUGCACACCUACCACCUGCCAGCGGACAGUCCGGAGUUCAUCCAGGCUAAGUUUAAUGCUCAGACGCUCAGUGAGAGUCAAUACAGGCAGAAGUGGCUGGAAGAUAUUGCCAAAGGAUACGACCUGAGGCCUGAUGCCAUUCCCAUCCAGCAUGCCAAGCAAGGCAGACAUAUAGCCAGCAAUGUGCAAUACAAGAAAGAAUUUGAGAAGGAAAGGGGGCACCACGUGGGCUUCCGCAGCCUUCAGGACGACCCUCUGCUGGUGCACUACAUGGAGGUGGCCAAGCUGCAGAGCGACAAGAACUACAAGGCGGACUACCACAAGGCCAAGCUGAAGUAUCACUCGCCGGUGGACAUGUUGAGCGUGGUCCACGCCAAGCAGGCCUCUGCCGCUCAGACGAUGGCGGGCUACAGGAAGAUGCAUCACACCAACGCUCUCCUCCCCGACGCCAUGAACUUUGUGCUGGCUCGCACCAUGAACACCCAGGCUAGUGAUUGCGAUUACAAGUCAGAAUGGAACAACUACAUCAGAGGUAUCGGCUGGGUCCCGAUUGGCUCGCUUGCAGUAGAAACCGCAAAGGUCGGCGGCGAGAUUCUCAACGAGAACAAGUACCGCACUCAUCCGUCCACCUUCAAGUACAGCAAGCUGAUGGACUCCAUGGACAUGGCUCUGGCGACUGCCAACAACCAGAUCAUGAAUAAGAAAGCUUACACUGCAGCUUGGGAGAAGGACAAACUGACAGUCCACGUCAUGCCAGAUGCUCCUGAGAUUGUCCUGGCCAAGGCCAACGCCAUCACCAUGAGCAAUAAACUCUACAAGUCCGGUGUGAUGGAGAUGGCAAACAAGGGCUACAACCUGAAAGCAGACGCUAUUCCAAUUGUAGCUGCCAAGUCAGGCACCACUAUCGCUAGUAAUUACAAGUACAAACUGGCACAUGAGAAGGAAAGGGGGCACCACGUGGGCUUCCGCAGCCUGCAGGACGACCCUCUGCUGGUGCACUACAUGGAGGUGGCCAAGCUGCAGAGCGACAAGAACUACAAGGCGGACUACCACAAGGCCAAGCUGAAGUAUCACUCGCCGGUGGACAUGUUGAGCGUGGUCCACGCCAAGCAGGCCUCUGCCGCUCAGACGAUGGCGGGCUACAGGAAGAUGCAUCACACCAACGCUCUCCUCCCCGACGCCAUGAACUUUGUGCUGGCUCGCACCAUGAACACCCAGGCUAGUGAUUGCGAUUACAAGUCAGAAUGGAACAACUACAUCAGAGGUAUCGGCUGGGUCCCGAUUGGCUCGCUUGCAGUAGAAACCGCAAAGGUCGGCGGUGAGAUUCUCAGCGAGAACAAGUACCGCACUCAUCCGUCCACCUUCAAGUACAGCAAGCUGAUGGACUCCAUGGACAUGGCUCUGGCGACUGCCAACAACCAGAUCAUGAAUAAGAAAGCUUACACUGCAGCUUGGGAGAAGGACAAACUGACAGUCCACGUCAUGCCAGAUGCUCCUGAGAUUGUCCUGGCCAAGGCCAACGCCAUCACCAUGAGCAAUAAACUAUACAAAUCAGGCAUCGUGGAAAUGGCCAACAAGGGCUAUGAUCUCAGAGCCGAUGCCAUCCCCAUCGUGGCCGCCAAGUCCGGUACCAAUAUUGCCAGCAACUACAAGUACAAACUGGCUUAUGAGAAGGCCCGGGGGCACCACGUGGGCUUCCGCAGCCUGCAGGACGACCCUCUGCUGGUGCACUACAUGGAGGUGGCCAAGCUGCAGAGCGACAAGAACUACAAGAAGGACUACCACAAGGCCAAGCUGAAGUAUCACUCGCCGGUGGACAUGAUGAGCGUGGUCCACGCCAAGCACGCCUCGGCUGUUCAGACGAUGGCGGGCUACAGGAAGCUUAUUCCUCACUACACUGUGCUGCCUGAUGCUAUGAACCUGGAACUGGCCCGUAACAUGCAGUUCAUUGCUAGUGACAACCAAUACAAGAGUGAGUAUCAAAGCUUCGUGAGAGGAAUAGGAUGGGUUCCCAUUGGCUCACUGGAUGUUGAGAAAGCAAAAAUAGCCGGAAAUAUCUUCAGUGAGAAACAAUACCGUCAACAUCCCAGUAAAUACAAAUUCACCAAGGACAUGCAUUCCAUGGACCUGGCCCUGGCUACUGCUAACAACCAGGUCAUGGAUAAGCAAUCUUACACCAAAGCCUGGGACAACGACAAGAGAACAAUCCACAUCAUGCCUGACGCAAUGGACAUUGUUCUGGCCCGUGACAAUAAGAAAAACUACAGCGAGAAACUGUACAGGCUGGAAAAUGAGCUGGCCAAGAAGAAGGGUCAUAAUCUUCGUGCUGAUGCUAUUCCUCUCCAGGCUGCUAAAGCCUCGACUCUUAUUGCAAGUGACUACAAGUACAAGGCAGGAUACCGCAAGCAGGUGGGCCACCACAUCGGGGCCCUUAGCAUCCAGGACGACCCUCUCCUCAUGCUGGCACUGAACUCAGCCAAGAUCGCCAGUGACGCCCUCUACAAGAAGGACUUCAACAAGUCCAAGACCAGAUUCCAUCUGCCAGUGGACAUGAUGGCCUUUGAAUUGGCCAAGAAGAACCAGAUCCAGGUCAACCACGCCAACUACAUCACCCGCCUGCACAACUGGACCUGCCUGCCCGACUCCAACGACGUCGUCCAGGCCAGACACGCGUACGACCUGCAGAGCGACGCCGUUUACAAAGAAGACCUGAAGAUGAUUCAGGGUAUCGGCUGGGUGCCGAUUGGGUCGCUGGAUGUUGAGAAGGUGAAGAAAUCUGGAGAGAUCUUGAGCGAGAAGAAGUACCGUCAGCACCCAAGCAACUACAGGUUUGUCAGCAGCACGGAAGACAUGCCCAUGGUGCUGGCCAAGGCCAAUGCCCAAGUCAUGAACAAGCAAGCCUACACUCAAGCCUGGGAGGCAGAUAAGACUAUCAUCCACGUCAUGCCUGAUGCGAUGGAUGUUGUGCUGGCCAAAGCAAACAAAGUCAACUACAGUCUGAAACAAUACAAGCAGGCGAACGAAGACGCAAAAAAGAAGGGUUACGACCUGCGCAAUGAUGCCAUUUCCAUCAUUGCAGCAAGGGCUUCCAGGGACAUCGCCAGUGAUUACAAGUACAAGGCAGGAUACCGCAAGCAGGUGGGCCACCACAUCGGGGCCCUCAGCGUCCAGGACGACCCUCUCCUCAUGCUGGCACUGAACUCAGCCAAGAUCGCCAGUGACGCCCUCUACAAGAAGGACUUCAACAAGUCCAAGACCAGAUUCCACCUGCCAGUGGACAUGAUGGCCUUUGAACUGGCCAAGAAGAACCAGAUCCAGGUCAACCACGCCAACUACAUCACCCGCCUGCACCAGUGGACUUGCCUGCCCGACUCCAACGACGUCGUCCAGGCCAGACACGCGUACGACCUGCAGAGCGACGUUGUUUACAAAGAGGAGCUGAAGUUGCUGCAGGGCAUCGGCUGGGUGCCUAUUGGCUCUCUGGAUGUUGAAAAGGUGAAGAAAGCAGGUGAGAUUCUGAGUGAGAAAAAGUACCGUCAGCACCCGAGCAACUACAAGUUCAUGAGCACAACGGAGGACAUGCCCAUGGUGCUGGCCAAGGCCAACGCUCAGGUCAUGAACAAGAAAGCGUACUCUGACGCCUGGGAAAAUGAGAAGACUAAUAUCCACGUCAUGCCUGAUGCCAUGGAUGUUGUUCUCGCAAAAGCCAACAAUGUCAACUAUAGCUUGAAACUGUACAAGCAGGCAAAUGAAGAAGCAAAGAAGAAGGGUUACGACCUGCGCAACGAUGCCAUUUCCAUCAUUGCUGCUCGGGCUUCCAGGGACAUAGCUAGUGAUUACAAGUACAAGGCAGGAUACCGCAAGCAGGUGGGCCACCACAUCGGGGCUCUCAGCGUCCAGGAUGACCCUCUCCUCAUGCUGGCCCUGAACUCAGCCAAGAUCGCCAGUGACGCCCUCUACAAGAAGGACUUCAACAAGUCCAAGACCAGAUUCCACCUGCCAGUGGACAUGAUGGCCUUUGAACUGGCCAAGAAGAACCAGAUCCAGGUCAACCACGCCAACUACAUCACCCGCCUCCACAACUGGACCUGCCUGCCCGACUCCAACGACGUCGUCCAGGCCAGACAUGCGUACGACCUGCAGAGCGACGUUGUUUACAAAGAGGAGCUGAAGACGCUUCAGGGUAUUGGCUGGGUGCCGAUUGGCUCACUCGAUGUGGAGAAGGUGAAGAAAGCAGGUGAGAUCCUGAGUGAGAUAAAGUACCGUCAACACCCCAGCAACUACAGGUUCAAGAGCACGACAGAGGACAUGCCCAUGGCGCUGGCCAAGGCCAACGCUCAAGUCAUGAAUCAGAAAGCCUAUGUUGAAGCCUGGGAAAAUGAGAAGACCAGAAUCCACGUCAUGCCUGACGCCAUGGAUGUGCUUCUUGCAAAAGCCAACAACGUCAACUACAGUUUGAAACAAUACAAGCAGGCAAAUGAAGAUGCCAAGAAGAAGGGUUACGACUUGCGCAAUGAUGCCAUUUCAAUCAUUGCAGCAAAGGCUUCCAGGGACAUUGCCAGUGAUUACAAGUACAAGGCAGGAUACCGCAAGCAGGUGGGCCACCACAUCGGGGCUCUCAGCGUCCAGGACGACCCUCUCCUCAUGCUGGCCCUGAACUCAGCCAAGAUCGCCAGUGACGCCCUUUACAAGAAGGACUUCAACAAGUCCAAGACCAAGUUCAACCUUCCAGUGGACAUGAUGGCCUUUGAACUGGCCAAGAAGAACCAGAUCCAGGUCAACCACGCCAACUACAUCACCCGCCUGCACCAGUGGACUUGCCUGCCUGACUCCAACGACGUCGUCCAGGCCAGACAAGCAUAUGACCUGCAGAGCGACGCUGUCUACAAGGCCGACUUGAAGUGGCUCCAGGGUCUCGGCUGGGUCCCCAUUGGCUCACUUGAGGUAGAGAAGGCCAAGAAGGCUGCAGAGAUCUUGAGUGAAAGGAAGUACCGUCAGCCUCCCAGCUCUGUUCCCUUCACCAGCACCACCGAUGCAAUGAACAUGGAACUGGCAAAGAAUAACGCUUUGACAAUGAAUAAGCGUCUCUACAUUGAAGCAUGGGAGAGGGAUAAGACCAAGCUGCACAUCAAGCCUGACACCCCGGAGAUUGUCCUUUCUCAGCAAAAUGCUAUCAACAUGAGCAGGAAACUCUACAGGCAAGGCUUUGAGGCCACCAUCAAGAAGGGCUACCUUCUCCCAGCAGACGCAGUGGCUGUGAAGAAUGCCAAGGCCUCCAGGGAUAUUAUCAGUGAUUACAAAUACAAGACGGGAUACCGGCAACAAGUCGGCCACCACAUCGGUGCUCGCAGCAUCCAUGACGACCCUCUGAUCAUGCUGGCUCUGAACUCAGCCAAGAUCGCCAGUGACGCCCUCUACAAGAAGGACUUCAACAAGUCCAAGACCAAGUUCAAUCUCCCAGUGGACAUGCUGAGCCUUGAACUAGCCAAGAAAUGCCAGAUCCAGGUCAACCACGCCAACUACAUCACCCGCCUGCACCAGUGGACCUGCCUGCCCGACUCCAACGAUGUGGUCCAGGCCAGGAAAGCCUACGAUCUUCAGAGUGAUGCUGUGUACAAAGCUGACCUGGAAGAGAUUGUGGGCGUAGGAUGGGUCCCUAUUGGCUCGCUGGACGUGCUGAAAGCCAAGAAUGCUGCAACGAUUCUCAGCGACAUUCUUUACAAGCAGAAGCCAGACACUCUGAAAUACACAACAGACAUGACUUCCAUGCCCAUGCUCCUAGCCAAAGCAAACGCUGAUAACAUGAACAAGAAAAACUACAUCGCUUCAUGGGAGGCUGAGAAAGUUAAGAAUCAUGUAAAUGCUGACCUGCCAGAGCUGCUCCUCUCCAAAGCAAACGCCUACAACAUCAGCAAGAAACUGUACAAGCAAGCCGUGGAGGACAUGUUCAGACAGGGCUACGACAUGAAACCUGAUGCAGUGUCUGUCGUGGCUGCCAAACACGGACGAGAGAUCAUUAGUGAUUACAAGUACAAGACUGGAUACCGUAAGCAGGUCGGCCACCACAUCGGCGCUCUGAGCAUCAAUGACGAUCCUCUCAUCAUGCUGGCCCUGAACUCCGGGAAGAUCGCCAGCGACGUUCUGUACAAGAAAGACUUCAACAAGUCCAAGACCAGGUUCAACCUGCCGGUGGACAUGCUGAACCUUGAACUGGCCAAGAAAUGCCAGAUCCAGGUCAACGACUUCAACUACAGAACUCAUCUCCACAACUGGACCUGUCUGCCGGACUCAAACGACGUGGUCCAGGCCAGAAAGGUGUACGACCUUCAGAGUGAUGCUGUAUACAAAGCAGACAUGGAAUGGAUCAAGGGAUCAGGUUGGGUCCCCAUUGGCUCUCUGGAUGUGGAGAAAGCUAAGAAAGCGGCAGAGAUCUUGAGUGAGAGGAAGUAUCGUCAGCAUCCCAGCAACUUCAAAUUCACGGCCAAGACGUCCGACAUGCCGUUUGCCCUCGCUCUGGCCAACGCCCACACCAUGGACAGAAAGGCGUAUGUGUCGGCGUGGGAAAACGACAAAACAAACCUUCACAUCAUGCCUGAUACGCUCGAGAUCCUCCUGGCCAAGCAGAAUAAACUCAACACCAGUCUGAAAUAUUACCACGAAGGCUACGUGGACAUGAUCAAAAAUGGUUACUUCCUCCCCAAAGACGCAAUUUCUGUUCUGGCCGCCAAAGCCUCUCGAGACAUCAUCAGUGAUUACAAGUACAAGGCUGGCUUCCGCAGUCAGUGUGGUCACCACAUCGGCGCCCGCAGCGUGAACGACGACCCGCUGAUUUUGCUGGCGGCACAUGCCGCCAGGAUCUCAAGCGACAACAUCUACAAGAAGGACUUCAACAAAUCCAAGACCAAGUUCAAUCUCCCAGUGGACAUGCUGAGCCUUGAACUGGCUAAGAAAUGCCAGAUCCAGGUCAACGACUUCAACUACAGGACCCACCUGCACCAGUGGACUUGCCUGCCCGACUCCAACGAUGUUGUGCAGGCCCGAAAAGUCUACGACCUCCAGAGUGAUGCUGUAUACAAAGCCGACUUGGAGUGGCUGAAGGGAUGCGGCUGGUCACCUCAGGAUUCCGUGGACGUUGUCAAAGCCAGAAAGGCACAGGACAUUCUCAACGACAGACUCUACCGCCAACCGCCGAGCACGGUCAAGUUCACCAGCGUGGUUGACCUGCCGGCCAUUGUCCUGUCCAAGCAAAAUGCAGACAACCUCAGUGAUAGGAAAUACAGAGAAGUCUGGGAGAAUGAAAAGACAUCCUUUAUGCUUCCAGCUGACACUCCUGGCCUUGAGCUGUCCAAGGCAAAUUCUGUCAACAUCAGCAACAAACUAUACACGAAGGCUUGGGAUGAUCAGAAGGCCAAAGGCUACCAUAUCAAGGAGGAUGCCAUCUCUGUGCUCAAGGCCAGAGCUUCCAGAGAUAUUAUUAGCGACUACAAGUACAAGGAAGGAUAUCGCAAGCAGGUCGGCCACCACAUCGGCGCCCGCAGCGUGCAGGACGACCCUCUGAUCAUGCUGGCUCUGAACUCAGCCAAGAUCGCCAGCGACGCCCUCUACAAGAAGGACUUCAACAAGUCCAAGACCAAGUUCAACCUGCCAGUAGACAUGCUGAACCUCGAAUUGGCCAAGAAAUGCCAGAUUCAAGUCAACGACUUCAACUACAGAACACAUUUGCACAACUGGACUUGCCUGCCGGACUCCAAUGACGUGGUCCAGGCUAGAAAGGCAUAUGACCUGCAGAGCGAUGCUGUGUACAAAGCUGACAUGGAGUGGAUACGUGGAUGUGGUUGGAUACCACACGAGUCUGUGGAGGUUUUGAAGGUGAAGAAUGCACAGAAGAUCCUGGCCGAUCGAGGCUACCGCGUCAAGUUGGACGAACAGAAAUUUGCUGUUCCAACUGACAGAGUCGACUUGAUGUGUGCCAAGAAUGCUGCUGAUGUCCUCAACGAGGCCAAAUAUCGUGAGGCUUGGCAUCAGGAAAAGACCAACUACACGCUGGUGGACACUCCGACAAUGGCCACGGCCAGAGAGGCGGCUAAGAACGUUCACCCGCAACUUUACUCCAAAGACUGGGACAAGGUGAAGGCCACUGGCUACUUCAUGCCUGAAGAUGCAGUGUCGAUAAAGCAGUGCAUCAACACGUCUAAAGUGCAAAGCCAUCAUAAAUACCUCGAGGGAUACCGCAAGCAGGUGGGCCACCACAUCGGCGCUCUCAGCGUCCAGGACGACCCCCUCCUCAUGCUGGCUCUGAACUCAGCCAAGAUCGCCAGUGACGCCCUCUACAAGAAGGACUUCAACAAGUCCAAGACCAAGUUCAAUCUGCCAGUGGACAUGCUGCAGUUUGAGCUGGCCAAGAAAUGCCAGAUGCAAGUCAACGAUGACAACUACAGGACCCGCCUGCACCAGUGGACUUGCCUGCCAGACCAGAAUGACGUCAUCCAGGCCAGGAAAGCCUACGAUCUUCAGAGUGAUUUUGUGUACAAGGCAGAUAUGGAAUGGAUUCGAGGCUGCGGAUGGGUUGCAGCCCACUCUGUUGACCACGUCAAGGUCAAGAAAGCGCAAGAAAUUCUCAACGAUAGGCUCUACAAGAAGAACGCCAUCGAGGGCUUUGGAAAUUUCACCCUGGUCGUCGACCGCCCUGAAAUUGUCUUGGCAAAGAUAAACGCCGCCAACCUCAGUGAUCUGAAGUACAAAGAGACCUUCAAUGCUGAGAAGGGUCAGUACAUUGGUUCAGAGGAUACCCCUCAACUGGCCCAUAGCAGGGAGGUGAACAAGAAUAUCAGUGAGAAACUCUACAAACUGCAAUGGGACAAGUCCAAGGCUUUAGACUACCACCUGGACCAUGAGUACAUCCCACUUGUCAGCGGCAAGCGGGGCAGGGAGAUUGCCAGCGAUGUCAAGUACAAGGAUGCCCACGAGAAGGGCAAAGGUCAUUACAUGGCUGGAACUCUGGUGGACUUCCCGGAGGUGAUGCGAUGUGGCGAUCAGGAGAAAAACAAGGGACUGAGGCUUUACCAGAAGGACUACCACACGACCAAGACCAAGACCCACAUCCCAUCUGACGUCAUUGCCAACCAGGUGGCCAAGCGUUGCCAGGACAUGCUGAGCGACGUUCUCUACCGCACCUACCUGCACCAGUGGACCUGCCAUCCCGAUCAGGAGGACGCCAUCCGCGCCCGCAAGACCAACGAGAUUCUCAGCGAUGUGUUUUACAAGGAAGAUCUGACGUGGAUGAAGGGUAUCGGUUGCUACGUUUGGGACACACCAGAGAUCAUUCGUGCCAAGAAGUCCUACGAGCUGCAGAGUGACCUGAAAUACAGAGAUGAGGCCAAGAAGGAAUUCAACAAUUACUCUAUUGUGACAGACACACCGGUAUACGUGACGGCCGUCCUGGGCCACACAUGGGCGAGUGAUCUGAACUACAGGGAGGCUUAUCAUAAGGAGAAGCAUCUGUACACCACAGUGCUGGACACCUACGACUAUGCCAGAUGCCACAACUUCAAACAAUUCUUCAGUAACAAAAACUACACCGGCGCCUGGGAUAAAAUCAAAGCCAAGAGCUACCAGAUUCCACACGACUCGCAUGCCCUGCAACACGCCAAAAGCCAGAAGAUCAUUCUCAGCGGCGUGAAGUACAAGGAGGAUUAUGAGAAGUUCAAGUCGCUCUACAGUCUGCCCAAGUCACUCGAGGACGACCCCGCCACCGCUCGCUGCGUGAAGGCGGGAAAACUGGUCCUGGACCGCCUGUACAAAGAAAGCUAUGAGAAGUCCAAGGCCAAGAACCACAUCCCUCCAGACAUGCUGGAGAUCCUGUCGGCUCGCAACACGCAGACCACCAUUAGUGGAAUCCACUACCGCAAGUAUCUGCACCAGUGGAUGUGUCUUCCCGACAUGCAGAUGUACGUGCAAGCACGCAAAGUCAACGAGCAGCUCAGUGAUAUCUUCUACAAAGACGACCUGAACUGGCUGAAGGGUAUUGGCUGCUAUGCCUGGGACACCCCAGAGAUCCUGCGUGUCAAGAAUGCUGGCGAUCUUCAGAGCGAAAACAAGUACAGAGCCAAAGGUGUCGAGGCUUUCAAGGACUACUCGGUGGUGACGGACACGCCAGUGUAUGAGACUGCCAAGCAGAACGCAAUAAACCUGAGCGAUCUGCACUAUCGGUCUGAUUACAACACGAACGUGAAAGGCACCAACACUGCUCCUGCGGUCACUGUGGAUAUAGAGAGGGCCCGCCUGGCCAACCACAUUCAAAGCGAUAACUGGUACAAGGAGGCCAACCAAAAUGCAAUGGCCACUGGAUACACCUUGCCCCAUGACACGCCUCUCAUCAAGCAGGUUAAGCACAACACCUUUGUGAGCAGCAACGUGAAGUACAAGGAGGCCUAUGAGAUGAUGAAGGCCAAGUGUUACACCCUUCACCCAGAGGGCGUCAACUUUGUCAACUACAGGAAGGCGAACAAAAUCUCAAACGAGCGCCUGUACCGCGAGGACUAUCACAGGCAAAAGGACAAGAUCCACACAACCUACGACACUCCUGACAUUAAACAAGUCAAGAUGAACCAGGAGCAUCUCAGCGACUUGUGGUACAAAGAGAAAUACAACAACAGCAAAGGCCAGCUGAUCUCCAUGCCCAUGACGCCGCAGCUGUUGCACUGCUACCACGUCAAUGACAUCACCAGCGAGCUGAAAUACAAAGAAGAUCUGAUGUGGCUGAGAGGCAUCGGCUGUUUCCUGUAUGACACCCCAGAGAUGGUCCGCAUCCGCAACGUCACGAAAUUCAGAGUAGACUACCCAGUGGAAGCCAAGAAGAACCUCCCCAACUUCUCCGUGGUCCUGGACACUCCCGAGUACAAACGUGUUAGCGAGCUCAAGAGCCACUUGAGCACUCUGAUCUACAAAGCACAGAGCAAAGAGGAGAUGGCAAAGGUCACCACGACCGCCGACUCCGUGGACAUCAAGAGAGCCAAAUGGGCCCAGCAGCUGACUAACAAUUAUCUGUACACUGACCUCGCCGCUAAAGAACGACCCCACUUCACCCUUGAAGUCGAAACGCCAAACAUGGGCCACGCGAGGAAGAUGAAAGUGAUGUACAGUGAUAACAAGUACAAAGAGCAAUAUGAGAAGAUGAAGCACAGGUACACCGCCAUCGCUGACACACCCCUCCUGAUCCGCUCCAAGAAGUCCUACCUCCAGUCCAGUGACCUGCGAUACAAAGAGACCUUUGAGCUUUCGAAAGGACACUACCGCACCGUCAAGGACGCCCUGGACAUCACCUACCAUCGCAGAGUUACCGACGACAUCAGCAAUGUUAAGUACAGGGAAAAGUACAUUAGCUCUCGGGGAACAUGGAAGUCCAUCCCAGACCGCCCUGAGUUCUUCUUCAGCAGAAUAGUCAAUGACAACGUCAGCACUGUGAAGUACAAGGAGGACCUGGACUGGCUGAAAGGAAUUGGCUGCUACGUGUGGGACACGCCCGAGCUGUUGCGGGCUGAGAAGAAUAAGGCCCUGUACAGUGAGAUUCUUUACAAAACCUCGUUUGAGAAAAACAGAGGAAACUUCAAGUACACAUGUGACUCUCCAUUCUUCCACGCCGCCAAGAACGCCUCCAGCCUCAUCAAUGAGCGGGCCUACAGAGCUAGUUAUGAGAAGAACAAGGAUCAGUUCACCAUAACCACAGAUGAUCCUAGAUACCAACUGGCCAGGGAAAACAAGAAGAUGAGCCAGAAAAGGUAUAAAUCAAAGGCAAAGGAUCUGCUCAAGAGUGGCUGCAACGAGCUACACCGGCCCGACAUCCUCACAGCGCUUUUCCAGACCAUUAUGGGUAGUCAGUGGCGUUACAGGGAGCAGUAUGAGCGUGCCAAGGACAAGUUCACCUCCGUCCUGGAGACUCCUGUGUAUGAAACUCAGAAACGCAGCAAGAAGAUUGGUGAUAUUGUUUACAAGAUGGAGUACAACAAGACCAAGGCGAAGGGAUACACCCUGCCUUAUGACACCCCGGACCAACAGCACAAGAAGAAGGUCAAGGAGAUCACCAGCAAUCUGAAGUACAGAGAGGUGUAUGAGAGGAGCAAGGCCCAGAUCAACCUGGACCCUGAGGCUCACUCCAUCCGCGCCGCCAAGGAAGCUUACAAGAACAUCAGCAAUCUCGAUUACAAGAAGAAAUAUGAAGCCACAAAGAACAAGUGGAUGUGGACGGCUGACAGGCCGGACUUUGUCAACGCUGCCAGAAGCUCCCUGCAGCAGAGUGACGUUGAGUACAAGUACGACAAGGAGAUCUUGAAGGGCUGUGUGAUACCGGUCGUUGACGACAAGCUUACUGUCCUUGCACUGAAGAACGCCGUAAUGGCCAGCGAGGUGAAAUACAAGGAGAAGUAUGAGAAGGCAAAGGGCCACUACUUGCCCGUUGCAGACACGCCUCAAAUCCUCCACUCCAAGGCUGUGCGCACCCUUGCAUCCGAGACCAAAUACAAAGAGGCCAGCAAGAAGCAAAUGCAGUCUGGCUCGUUCACCACCCUGCCGGAGACCCGCGACACCGUCCACAGCAAGGAAAUCAACAAGCUCGUCAGCAAGAACGUGUACAAAGCCAAGUUUGAGAAGGAGAAGGGCAAGUCGGUGUAUAACAACAUGAGCGUCCCGCCUGACGUUGAGCAUGCCAUGGAAGUAGCCAAAAAACAGAGCAAUCUGGCCUACAAGAAGAACGCCAAAGCCAAUCUGCACUACACAACCGUGGUGGAUCGACCUGAUAUCAAGAAGGCCACGCACACUGCCAAACUCGUCAGUGAGAUCGGCUACCGUGACAAGGCCCGUGAAGAGGCCAGCCGUGGAGGUUCUCUGGUCCAUCGACCGGACAUUAAGCUGGCCACGGAGGUGUGCAAGCUGAACAGCCAGCUGAAGUACAAAGAGAAGUUUGACAAGGAAAUGAAGGGAAAGAGGCCGCAGUAUGACCUGAAGGAGAGUAAGAUUUACAAAACCUAUAAGGAUGCCAACACGCUGGCUAGCGAGGUGAAGUACAAAGGUGACCUGAAGAAGAUCCACAAGCCUGUGACCGACAUGGCCGAGUCUCUGUCCAUGCAGCACAGCCUGAGCACCAGCAGGCUGUCCAGCGACUACUGCUACAAGAGGAAGUUUGAGGCGAGUAGGGGUCACUACCACAUGAUUCCCGACACACCAGAGCAGCUCCAUCAUAAGGAGGCUUCUGAACUGCAGAGCCACGUGAAGUACAAGGAAAAGUACGAGAAGGAGAAGGGCAAGGCCAUGCUGGACUUUGAGACUCCCACGUACGUGACGGCCAAGGAGGCGCAGCACAUGCAGAGCCAGAAAGACUAUAAGAAGGACUUUGAGGAGUCCAUGAGGGGCAAGAACCUCUCAGGCUUGGAGGUCACGCCUGCCAUGAUACAUGUCAGACACGCCACCAAAAUAGCCAGUGAGAAAGAGUACAGGAAGGAUCUAGAGGAGGGAGUGAAGGGUAAAGGGCUAACUGUGCUGGAGGAAACUCCCGAGCUUUUGAGAGCAAGGAAUGCCACUCAAAUCCUGUGUGAGAGAGAGUACAAGAAGGCGCUGGAGCAGGAGAUUAAGGGCAAGGGAAUGUUGGCUUUGGCGACGGACACCCCGGACUUCAUGAGGGCAAGGAACGCCACUGACAUCCUCAGUCAGUCCAAGUACAAGCAGAUUGCGGAGAUGGACCGAGCCAGCUACACCACCGUCAUUGACACUCCGGACAUCAUCCACGCUCAGCAGAUGAAGAACAUCGUCAGCCAGAAAAAGUACAAAGAAGAGGCAGAGAAGACCAUGUCUCACUACGUCCCUGUUCUGGACACUCCUGAGAUGCAGAGGGUCCGUGAGAACCAGAAGAACUUCAGCACUCUUCAGUACCAGACUGACCUUAAAUACAUAAAGGGCAAAGGGUCUGCUGUAAUCAACACCCCUGAAAUGCUUCGUGUUAAAGAAAAUACAAAGAAUUUCAGCUUGAUUCAGUACAAAGAGGAUUUGGGAGGAGGGACCGCAGUGCCCGAAACCCCCGAGAUGGAGAGGGUUAAACGAAACCAGCGCAACAUUAGCACGAUACGGUACAAGGAUUCUCUGAGUCAAGGCACAGCCAUACCAGAUCUCCCCGAGGUGAAGCGGGUCCGGGAAACCCAGAAGAAUAUCAGCUCGCUGCAAUACAAAGAAGAAUUGGGACGAGGCACGUCAGUAUCAGAGACGCCAGAGAUGGAGCGAGUUAGGCGCAAUCAGCAGAAUAUUAGCACGAUCAAAUACAGGGACUCUCUGGAUCGCGGAACAGCUAUACCAGACCUGCCAGAGGUGAAGCGGGUCAAACAAACCCAGAGGCACAUCAGCUCGGUGUUGUAUAAGGACAGUUCUGCCAAAGGAACCCCCGUGGUGUUCACUCCAGAGAUGGAGCGAGUCAAAAGGAACCAAGAGAACAUUAGCUCGGUGUUGUAUUCCGACAGCUUCCGCAAGCAAGUCCAGGGCAAGGCUGCCUUUGUUCUGGACACACCUGAGAUGAGGCGUGUCAGGGAAACCCAGCGCAUCAUCUCUGGGGUGCGAUACCAUGAGGACUUUGAGAAGAACAAGGGCAGCUUCACUCCCACCACCUCGGACCUUGUGACGGAGCGUGUGAAGAAGAACACGCAGGACUUUAGCGACAUCAGCUACCGCGGCAUCCAGAGGCGCGUGGUCGAGAUGGAGAGGAGACGCGCCAUUGAGCACGACCAGGAAACCAUCACUGAUCUUAGAGUGUGGCGUACAAACCCUGGUUCUGUGUUUGACUACGACCCCGCUGAGGACAACAUCCAGUCCAGGAGUCUGCACAUGAUGUCAGUGCAAGCUCAGCGCCGCAGCAAGGAGCACUCGCGCUCCACCAGCGCGCUGAGCGGCAUGGCGGACGAGAAAUCCGAGCUGUCCCAGGAUGCGGACCACCACAUGUCCCUCUACAGCAACGGAUUCAUAACUUCCUCCAUGGGCUACCAGCAUGCUAAGACUGUGGAGGUGCAGCAGAGGUCCUCAUCAGUGGCCACGCAGCAGACCACCGUGUCCUCCAUCCCCUCGCACCCCUCUACCACCGGGAAAACGGUGAGAGCCAUGUACGACUACCUGGCGGCCGACAGCGACGAGGUGUCCUUCAAGGACGGCGACGUGAUCGUGAACGUGCAGUCCAUCGACGAGGGCUGGAUGUACGGCACCGUGCAGCGCACCGGCAAGACUGGGAUGCUGCCGGCCAACUACGUUGAAGCUAUUUAACUUAUGGACACAAACGCGCCCACAGGGAUCGGUGCAAUGUUUGCAAUGUGUGUGUGUGUGUGUGUGUGUGUGUGUGUGUGUGUGCGUGUAAAAUGUCUAUUGAUUGUGUUGUCUGCUAGUAAACCUGUGGAUGUUUGUCCAAAGUCUGAUUCUCCAUUCUAGUCCUCAAACACGAACAAGAACUCUUUGAAGCUGAUCCGAGACCUUCCUUCUCUCUCUGGAGCAAACAUCCUGACUCAUGUAAAUCUUAAAAAGAGCUAAUAGAGAUAUAUACCAUCAGUGCUGGAGCAAGAGAGCGAUGCAACUGGCAAAGACGACCCGAGAUCUACGACAGAACAGCUAGAGAGUGUAACCUCCAUCUCCCAAGACGGUUUCUCCUCCGUGAAUGACGGCUGACCACUGUAGCCCACUAGCACAGCGUGUGUUUUGGUGUUUGAUGGCGAGGGGAUGUCCUGUACCUUCAGCCUGUAGCUAAUAAAGCCAAGCUCCUGCAGCA